AUAAAGUAAAUUAAAAAAAGGAAAAAGAAGAGGAAAAGGUGACAGUCACAGUGCGUCCCAAAUUGCAAGGAAACUCAGUAGGUCACAAAGGCCAUGAGAAAAAACACUGAGCAGCCGCCUUAUUUAACCCUUCUUAUGUUUUCAUUAAAUUUUUUUCUCUUGAUUAAAAUGUUUGAUUCUUGAUUUCUUCCCCUACUCUUUAGUGUUGGGUGGUGGGUUUGAUUCUUCUGGGCUUUAGAGAACACUGCUAUUGGACAAUGAUCCGAGCAAAGCAUCUUGGUAACUUGUCCCAGACUGCUAGAACCUUUUUCCUAGGACAAAGGUGUAGCUCGGCGGAUGGAAGUUCAUGCACUUGCUCGGAUGAUGAGACUUGUAUUUCGAGAAGGUCUCUGAGAGGAAACGUGCAACACUUGCAAGCCUCAUCCUCGUUGUUGGCAAAAACUUCAGUUGCAGUAGGUUCACUGACUCCAGCCGAUUCAGUAAAAGAAGUGAAUAUUAGAAGAAAGGAUGAUGGCUCGCUGUCAAAAGGAGUAGCAGUGUCCCACAAAACUGAAAGAGCAAGCUCUGUUAGUUAUGCAGAAGACACCGACGCAAAUGACAUGCUUUCUUCAUCACCUCCUAUAGCAGAACAGUUUGUUAUGGCAGGUAUGGCUGCCGUUGGUCUUCUAUCUGAUUUAGUAAAUUAUAGAAUCCCGUUGACAGAUGGGAGUGCAAGAGUCUCCCCACUCUCUAACUCUGUGCUUGAACGCACGAAACAAGUUUCUAGUAUCAGACCUCCGAAAAAUAUCAAUAGUUCUAGGAAAGACAAAGUAUCCGUAAAGCCCAAUGCUGUACCGGUGUAUGGUUCGAACGUCCCUGAAGGGGCUAAAGGCAAAACUCAUAAAUCAGGAGUAGAGGGGGCAGCCAAGGAAUCAAAUAACGCAUCAAGAAAUUUUGUAGAAAGUCGCGGGCUCUCCUCUGAUCCCCGUGAUAGGAAAAUGCCAAUUCCUCAAAAAUCAAGAUCUUAUUCAAGCCGUUACACGCCAAACACUCAACAGCCGGAGGGGAAAUUUUGCGAUAACAACUUGGACGGGUUUACUAGGGCAAUGAGACAGGGUAAAGUUAUGACUGGAGAAGCCCCAGGCGCUAGGAACUUUUCGGUUGUUGAAAGUGUAUGUCGCAUUUUGCAUCAAUCGAAAUGGAGCCCUGCUUCAGAGGAAGCUCUUCAGAAGCUCAAUUGUGCAGUGGAUCCUUACCAGGCAAAUCAAAUACUUAAGCAGCUUAAGGAUUAUAGAGUGGCUCUUGGGUUUUUCUACUGGCUAAAACAGAGGCCUGGAUUCAAGCACGACGGGCACACAUAUACAACUAUGGUUGGUAUCCUUGGCCGUGCCAGAGAGUUUGGUGCCAUCAACAAAUUGCUCAGCCAGAUGAUCAGUGAUGGAUGUAAGCCGAAUAUUGUUACAUAUAAUCGUCUCAUUCACAGUUAUGGCAGAGCUAAUUACUUGAACGAAGCCAUGGGAGUUUUUAAUGAGAUGCAAAAGGUGGGCUGUGAACCUGAUCGUGUUACUUACUGUACGCUCAUUGACAUCCAUGCGAAAUCAGGUUAUCUCGAUGUUGCAAUUAAUUUGUACCAGCGGAUGCAAGAAGCUGGACUCUCUCCUGAUACGUUUACUUACAGCGUGAUCAUUAAUUGCCUCGGGAAGGCUGGCCAUUUGACUGCCGCCCACAAACUGUUCUGUGAGAUGGUUAGUCAGGGCUGUGUGCCUAACCUGGUGACCUACAAUAUCAUGAUUGCUUUACACGCGAAAGCUAGGAAUUACCAGAGCUCGUUACAGCUUUAUCGUGACAUGCAGAGUGCUGGCUUCGAGCCCGACAAAGUGACUUACAGUAUCAUUAUGGAGGUUCUUGGCCAUUGUGGCCAUCUUGAUGAAGCCGAGGCUGUUUUUGCAGAGAUGAAAAGAAAGAACUGGAUCCCCGACGAGCCUGUCUAUGGCCUUCUCGUCGACUUGUGGGGAAAAUCUGGCAACGUUGAGAAGGCUUGGGAGUGGUACCGAGCUAUGCUUUCUGCGGGACUAUGCCCUAAUGUUCCAACUUGCAAUUCUCUUCUCAGUGCUUUCCUCAGGGUACACCGCCUCCGCGAUGCAUACGACUUGCUUCAGAGCAUGGUGAGCCUGGGUCUGAAUCCUUCUCUUCAGACCUACACUCUGCUCCUCAGUUGCUGUACAGACGCUCAAACGCCAUACGACAUGUCGUUUUGUUGUGACCUCAUGACCGCAUCUGGCCACCCGGCGCACACGUUCUUGCUCUCCAUGCCUGCUCCAGGGCCGGAUGGGCAGAACGUCCGCGACCAUGUCAGCAACUUCCUCGACAUGAUGCACAGUGAAGACAGGGAGAGUAAACGCGGACUUGUGGAUGCUGUGAUCGAUUUCUUCCACAAGACAGGGCUAAAGGAGGAAGCCGGCACCGUGUGGGAAGUUGCAGCGCAGAGGAAUGUCUAUCCAGACGCACUAAGGCAGAAGAGUUCGUGUUAUUGGCUGAUAAACCUCCACGUGAUGUCUGAUGGAACUGCUGUGACUGCACUAUCGAGAACUCUAGCAUGGUUUCGCAAGGAAAUGCUCGCGUCUGGGGUCUGCCCCGGCCGGAUUGACAUUGUGACCGGCUGGGGGAGACGGAGCAGGGUCACUGGGGCCUCGAUGGUGAGGCAGGCCGUGCAAGACCUGCUCAACGUGUUUAGGUUCCCGUUCUUUACAGAGAAUGGGAACACUGGGUGCUUUGUCGGGUGCGGGGAGCCUCUCAACCGAUGGCUGAUGCAGUCCUGUGUGGAGAGAAUGCAUCUGUUGUAGUCCGGUGGCUUCCCUUCCCGGUUUUUUGAUGUUCGGAGAGAUACGAGGUUGUCCUCGGGUGUUAGCCGGUAGUGAUAUUUGCUAUGUGUAGCUGAGUUUGGAUGGUUUUAUUUGGCCUAGUUAGUUACAGACCUGAAUCUUGUGUUGAUAUUUGUAUCUACGUUUAUUUGUUGCU